UUUCCGUGAAUGAGAUUAGAGUAAAUGGCAGCUGAAAAUGUGAAGCAGAGUUUGUACUGUGGAGCUGCCGAUAUAACAGAUCGUGGGGGAAGGGAUAAUGUCACUGCUGUCAUAAUGUUGCAGUGGAAGAAAGGAGGUUGGGACUGGGUGGAGUUUAAACCCAUACUGGGUGCAGGACGUAGACGAGGCAAGCGGAGACGACUUGCUCCCUCAGACUGCUUGUCUUUGAGCAACAGUAAUGUGGGUGCAGUUUCACUGACCCAACCAUUCAGCUCUUUGGCCGCUGGCAGAGAUUCACACAGGGGCCUCUACCCGUGGAACAGGAAAGCAGCCACCCAGUUAGACCCUCUCCAAAGGCCGGCACCGCGCAAUGCCAACGGGGUCUCGGAGAACACGACCAGCGGUAAAGCCAGCGCUGGCCGGCCGCACUCGGAGGUGGACCUUGCGUUUGACCCCAGAGACUUUCUCGCCAGCGACACGUCCAUUGAACGUGACGUGUUUGUCCUGCACCCGAACCCCAGUGGGGAGCGGUCUGUGCCGUCACUGGGAUGCCCCUCGAAGAAUAACGGCGUUGGAGGGGACACCUCCACAUGGAGCCUCGAAGGUGCCCCUGCUGCCUUCCAGCAGAAUCAGAUGAGGACUGGGAUCAUUGGAGCUGAGCUGGACGUUGACCCACUCCCUGACUCCUACUUUGGAUUGUUGGGAUGCAGAGGCUCCCACUCCCAGCCUUCCGGACACGUCACCCAACUCCCAGACGAAAUACUCAGGGCUGUAUUCUGUCACCUGCCAGCGGUGGACUUGUACCGCCUCAGAUCUGUCUGUCAGCAAUGGCGGCGUGUCCUCAGUGACCCAAUGUUUGCACCAUGGAAGAAGCGUUACUAUCGAUACAGGAAGGGAGAGGGGAGAGCUGUGAUGGAAAUGGACAAGAUUCUGAAAGAAAAUAAUAUUACAAAGGAUAACGACUGCAUGUUAAAUCUUAUAAGAUAUGUGUCAUCGUUUCCGCACGGGCGAUCUGUAAACACAGACACUGUCCUGAAUUGCCUUCAGCACCACUCCCUCUUCAAUCAGUCCAAGUUAUGCAUGAGCCAGAUACUUCCUGAUAUAAACCAUGCAGCCAGGAUUUCAAGCACUUGGGCGAUACAGGCUGUGAUUGUUCUCCUGUCGAAUAGUGUACAAGAAAUCCAGCGACUUAUAUCCUGUCUGGGGCGACCCUGUUCGACUCUGCCAGCGACGGAGCUCGUGGAAGUCCUGUACUGCCUGGCGACUUUACUGUUUGCCCUGAGAGAGAAAGGCAUCAGCAUCAGCAACAGGAUUCAUUAUAAUCUAUUCUACGCACUCUACUUGAGGGAGAAUCCAGCCACUGUCUCCAGUAAACAGUUGAAGCAUCUUUGUUCAUCACUGGAGUCCAACAGCUGGCAUUUGAGGAACAACGCAAGCCUGAAUCCUGAGCUGGAGCGAAUACUGAACCUUGAAACUUCGCCACACCACGUGAUAAAAAUAACGGGCUAUGCAGGUACAGGUAAAACCUCCUUACUGAUUGAGUAUGCAUGGCACAGACCCCACCUCCGCUUCCUGUAUGUACGUCCCACCAAGCCCGUUCCAGAGGACGUUGCCCACCUUUUCCCUCCCAACGUGGAUUUUACAACGAUGCGUACCAAAGCCUAUCAGUGUAUAGGCCACAAAUACCAUCAGAAGAAGAAGCUAAUGAUUUGUGGACUGAGACCAUUUGCUGUGCUGGGAUCCCCUGAAGGACAGGGUAGUCUAUCUCGGGCAAAUUUGAUCAGUCGAAGCCUCGGUGCCUUUUUCUCCUCUGUGGAUGAGGCCAUCAGUGUAGCUCAUGUACCAGGAGACCACAGGAGCACCUGUGGAGGUAUCAGGCCCAUGGAACAUCACGAGAAAUUAGAACUGGCUGAAGAUGUGAAGAGGAUUUGGACAAAGAUGGUAGAUCUUCGCGAACCCAGUUACCUCAUGACUCACGAUGGCUAUCUGAAGCUUUGGCAACUUAGCAAACCCAACCUAUCACAGUUUGAUGUUAUCAUUUUAGAUGAAGCUGAAGAUUGUAGUCCUGUCAUUAUGGAUAUCGUACUCUCUCAGAAAUGUGGGAAGCUUCUUGUGGGAGAUCCUCAUCAACAAAUCUGUAGUUUCAAAGGUGCUUCUGAGGCCCUGGUUGAAGCUCACCGACCCACCCUUCUCAGUCUAACACAGAGUUUCAGAUUUGGACCUGAGAUCGCUUAUGUUGCAGCAACAAUUCUGGACGUGUGCAAACGAGUCAAAGACAAGACCUUGGUCGGUGGAAAUCAAGAUGAUAAGACCAGCGGAAGGUUGGUUGGCCAGGUGGCAAUUCUGUGCAGGACCACUGCUGCUGUCUUCGACGAGGCUGUGCGUAUUGUUACCAGCGACAAUCCAAACAAAAUAUAUUUACUUGGAGGACUUGAUAAGUUUGGAAUGGACACAAUGCUGGAUAUCCAGAAGCUGAUGAUCAAGGAGACGGAACAAGCAGCCGGCCUUGAAAUCCGGGAUCCGCUCAUCCGGCUGUUUGAACGUAAAGGGGGUUUUCGUGGAUUGAGAAACUACGCAGUGCAGGUUGGAGACUCCGAGCUAGAGGAGAGGAUCGCGGUUGUGGAGAAGUACGGUCUGGGACUUCCAUCGCUGGUGGAGAAAAUCACCAACCAAUGCGUCAACUGCACGACAUUUGCAAAUGUGAUUCUGGGAACGGUGCACAAAGCAAAAGGAUCUGAGUUUGAGACGGUGCAGAUAGCUGAAGACCUUAUAAAACUUCCAGGCUUUCGACAUAACCCUCACGUUCUUUCAGGGUUCAGGAUAGACUCGGUCCCAGAUGCCAAUUGGAACUUGCUUUACAUUGCCGUGACCCGGGCGAAGAGACGUCUCGUGAUGAGCAGGUCCUUGGAAUAUCUCCUCUCCUUCGCCAAUGAAUACUUUCUGAAGCCCGUGUUAACUGCCAAGCUGCUUGGAAAGGGGUUACCUCCUAAAUGCCACGUCAGCGGAUGCUUGAAUCGCAUUGCCAGAGAAGCAGUGUUAACCAUGAUGAAAGUAUCAAGUCCACAGUAUGGACCAAACGUGGACGGCCCUCUCUGUCACGCAUGCACGAGGCUGCGGACUGGUCCACUCAUCCAUCUCCUGGCUUCUCCACAACUGGUCAGGACGGGCGUUAGAACAGUCGUGGGGGGCCGUGAUCCCCCCUGACGUUUCCUGGAGAUGGGAGUGGCUACAGCGGCGAAAACCUCGAGGGAGUCUAAUCAUGCGGAAGAGACUGGAAGAGUCAGAGGUGCUUCCUCCUGCACGGACUGGUGUUGAUUCUGAUGUCAGACAACCUGUUAUGCAGAUGAAUAUCUACACCGAUUCAUCAUUGAAAACUUGGAAGGCAUCUGUGGUAUUAUUCUAAAUGCAAAUACCGCAAACCUUCACUAUAACAGACUAUAUGGGAAACGUAAAAAAUAGGUGCAGGUGUAGGCCAUUCGGCCCUUCGAGCCAGCACCGCCAUUCAAUAUGAUCAUGGCUGAUCAUCCAAAAUCAGUACCCCGUUCCUGCUUUCUCCCCAUAUCCCUUGAUUUUGU